AUGACAAAUCGAAGUGACACAGAUGAUGGUGAUAACUAUAACUAUCCCCAGAAGCGAUACGAGAACCAAGCAGCCCUAAAUUUAAAUAUUGUGGCGGACAAAAUUGUGAAACCCAAACGUUCAGAAAACAAACCAUCAACUAUCAAUUUAAAUGAUGUAGCAGAAAUCGUGAUAAAUAAUGAAAAUCAGAUAAAUAAUGGAAAUCAGAUAAAUAAUGAAAAUCAGAUAAAUAAUGGAAAUCAGAUAAAUAAUGAAAAUCAGAUAAAUAAUGAAAAUGAAAAACACUGUGAAGCAGAUAAACCUGAAACAGAAAAUGCUGAAAAAGAAAUAAACCAGAAAGACAAUGCAAACAAUGAAGAAAUAAUAGAGGAACAAGAUGAAGAGGACGUACCUAAAAACGGUACAGAAGACUAG